AUGGAUUUUGCCUCAGCGGCAGCUAGAUUAGGUGCUCUUGCCCCUACUGCCACUUUUGGGUGGGAUUCGGAAGGUAGUAGUGGUGGUCUUCUUGUUUUAGGAUGGUCUAAUGCUGAAGUUGUUUGCUUGUAUUCCUCAAAAAAAUUUAUUUUGUGUAAGAUAAAUGAAUUAAAUGGCAGUUUGAAGUAUGUUUUGUUUUUUUAUGGCGAACCUCAAGUAGAUAAGAGAAGAAUUAUUUGGGAACAAUUGCAAUGGUUUUUAGAAGAAUUCAAAAACGUACUUGUUAUAGGGGAUUUUAAUCAAGUUGAAAGGGGAAGUGACAAACUAGGGGGCUCGAAUCGGAUUAGAGGAAUUGAGGCGUUUCUAGAUUGGAGGUUUAGUAGCAAUGUGACAGAAGUUCCGUUCUCGGGUCCGAAAUUCACUUGGAGCAACAAACGGGAAGGGGACGACCUUAUUCUAGAAAGGCUAGAUCGGGCCUACAUAACAGAGGAAUGGUUUGAUCACUCUCCGGAUGGGAAAAUUAAUCAUGAACCGAUAGUUUGCUCUGACCAUGUGGCAAUAACUUAUCAUGAGCAACCUAAAGCUUCGACUUCAAAUAGACCAUACCAAAUUGAAAAUUGGUGCUUGGCCUUCCCAGAAAUCAAAGAAAUAGUGGGGAAUCUAUGGAAGGAAGAGGUUCGGGGGUCUUUCAUGUUCCAGCUGUCAAGGAAGCUAGAUAAGCUAAGGUCAAAAAUGCAAUAUUGGUGCUUAGACAAUAAAAAGGUUUGGGGGAUCAACUGGAGGAAACUUACAAAGGAUCUCCGAAUUUCAGGGAUGAAUGUAAGCACUCUUCAUGAAGGGGAGGGAUACAUUCAGCAUAUUAACCUUCUUAUUCCGGAGAGUCUAUUGGGGUUUAGUUUUUGGAAGCAAAGAAUGAAGGCAAAUUGGAUUAGGUAUGGGGACUGCCCAACACCUACAAUGUAUAGGAAGGUGAAGCAAAGGCAGUUACAAAGUUUGAUUCUUACAUUAAGGAAUGAGGAGGAUAUGUGGGUGGAAGGGGAAAGAGGGGUAAAAGAUGUGAUUUUAUCCUCAAUCAAGGACAUUUACAAUCCGAUUACGAAUGAUAAUCACGGGGAAUAUAUAGAUCUCCUGCUUCGGCAACUUGCCAUACCUUGUCUUUCAGAAGAGGAGCGGGGUUGGCUUGACAGGGACUUCUCGGAAGAGGAGAUCAAGAAGGCUAUGUUUGAUAUGCAUUGCUCUAAAUCUCCCGGUCCAAACGGAUUUACGGUGGAUUUCUUCAAAGUUUAUUGGAAUGAGGUGGGACGGUUGGUGACUAAUAGUGUUAUGGAAUUCCUAAGGAUAGGGAAUAUGCUCAAGGAACGGAACCAGUCUUUGCCAGUGUUGAUACCAAAGGCUAAAGUUGGUCCUUCCAAGUCUGAUUACGGAAAAUCAGCAUGCCUUCAUCCCCGGAAGAGUGGAUUGGCUUUUUCUUCUAAAAGUUUUACAAGCUCAGGGGUUUUCAAGUCACUGGAUAAGGAUGAUAUUUCAGUGUAUCUCAACGAUGAUGCUAUGCUCUUCUUCAAGGCAAGUAAGGAGGCAUGUAUGUGUAUUUCUGACAUCCUCUUAAGGUUUGGUAAAGCUUCUGGCCAAAAGUUGAAUCUCCAAAAGUCUCUUAUUAAGUUCUCGCCGGAUGUUGAUAAUGAUAUGAAAGUUGCUAUAAAACAAAUACUUUCUAUGCCGGAAACUGAUAAUAUGGGGAUUAAUCUUGGAGCCCCAAUUGACAUUCAGGGGAAAAAUAGUACUCACUUCCAAUUUUUGGUUGAUAAGGUCACAGAGAAAAUCAUCUCUUGGUCUUCCUUAAGACUCUCUCAAUCAGCAAAAUUAAUUCUUAUCAACACGGUGCUGUUAAAGAUAAUCUGGCUAGAAGGGGAAUACAAGUGGACGCAAUCUGUGAUCAUUGCGGGAUGGAUCCAGCACUAUAUCCUGCUGUUUAAUAGCGAGGAUGGUAAGCAUAGCAAUCGUUGCACCGUGUUUAUUGCAACACUGUGGGGACUUUGGAAAUCUAGGAACGCUAGAUGUUUCAAGGGUUCUACAGAGACGAUAAGUUCAGUAAGGGAUUUUAUUAAUCUUGCCAUGAAUGAUCAUGAAAUUUUUAAUCUUCAAGCAAGCCCAACACCGGAUUUGGAGGUUUAUGACCGGGAAAAUCCGACUUUUCCUCCGGGGUUUUAUCACGUGGACCUGGGAAAGGAUAAAAGUGGUUAUGAUGAUUUCACUGUGGAAGUCGAUGGCUCCUGGGAUAAAAAGACUAGAAGGGUAGGGAUAAGUUGGGCAGUUAAGAGUAUUCAACAGGGCAAUGCAAUGGACGAGGGUGGAAAGCAUGGAGUGGCCGCUUCAGCCAUUCAAUGUGAAGCUUGGGCUUGCCUAGAGGCAAUGAAAUGGGCCCGAGCGAAAGGUAAACAAGGAAUUCUUGUUUUAUCUGACUCGAUUGGUCUUUUGACCAACUUACAAGGGAAUCAUGGUAAGGAUAUUUCGAUAUCUUGGUUACUUAAAGAGUUAAGAGUAUUGAAGGCAUCUUUUCAAAGGUGCACGAUUUUGAAGGUACAGCGUGAUCAAGUCCAAAAGGCGAACGACAUUGCUAGAAAAUGUCGGACUAAUCUUUUGACUUUGUUGUAG